AUGGAAUCCAUGAAAGAUAAGAAGCCAAUAUCAAUAUUGACGGAUGGCGAUGAGGCAAUGCGUAAAGCCAUUGAUGAUGUGUUUCCCAUGUCUAACCAUCGGUUGUGCUCAUGGCAUGUGUCAAGGAAUGCACAAAAUAACUUGAAGGAUGAUGAAUUGGUAAGAAAUUUUCAGGCAUGUAUUUGGGAACCAUUUGCAUUGGACGAGUUUGAGAAGAAAUGGGAGGUUCUAAGGGAAAGAGCGAGUACUCCGAAACAAAAAGAAUGGUUGGAAAUGAUGUAUGCAAAAAGUGACUCAUGGGCUGAAUCAUGUUUGAGAGGAAAGUUUUUCGGUGGUAUGUGCACCACUCAACGUGUGGAGUCUAUGAACAAGUAUGUGAAAGAUUACUUGAGGAAAGGUGUGAAGUUGUUUGAAUGUAUUCCAGCAAUUGAUAGGGCUAUGUUACGUCUUAGGAAUACCACGGCAAAGGAUGGUUUCAACGCAAAGUACUCAACACCAGUCCUUAAAACCACAUUGACAAAACUCGAGCAACAAGCUUCUUUGAUUUACACGCAUAGAUGCUUUGUAUUGGUUCGUCAGGAGAUCGAAUCUUGUUCAGCACUCAUCCAUGAUAAUGUGAUGCAUAAUUUUGGAGGUCGUGUAUACGUAUUGUCAAAAUAUGGUGAACCGCAUAAUAAAUGGACUUGUGUUUACCACGGUGGGGAACAGAUACGGAUACAGUGUGGAUGUCGGAAAUAUGAAAGUGAAGGGAUCCCGUGUUGCCACCUGUUUUAUGUAAUGAAGUGCGAGCACCUUACGGAAAUUCCUCCAGCACUCAUAAUGAAGAGAUGGACAAAGAGUGCCCAAACUGAUACAUGUAGGGAAUUUAUCAGCAAAGGCGAAGACACUACCAAGGAAGUUGUAGAAAUGGCGAGGUAUGGAAGUUUAAGUGCUAUGUCAAACAAAGUUUGUUUUUAUGCAUCAAAGAGUACAAAUGGUUAUGCCAUGUUGACGAAUGAGUUUAGUAGAUGGGAGGGAAUUUGUGAAGGCUUACGGCAAAAGGAAGAAGAGACGAGUCUGAAAUUGGGUAGCGCUGAGCAAUGUCCUUCAAAUAUUGUGAAAGAUCCAAAUAUCGUUAAGACAAAAGGCAGUCAAGCAAGGCAGGGUGGAACGCGCAAGCGUUGA